AUGUCAACUAAAUCGCCAAUUAUACUAAAGAAACAUACAAUCUGGUAUAAAUUCGAAGAUCGCCACCCAUCCUCACUCAGACAGUUACCAGGUUCUGAUUUUACUAGCCUCUGUCAAGCAAUCAAGCAAAAUUCAGGACUUUCUGAACCUGCUGAUUCUCUCAUUCUACGAGUAAAACAAGCUGAACCUGAUUCUGCAUUUAUUACUCUGAACGAUGAUUAUUUUCGAAAUCAAUUAAAUAGUAGCUUUAAGCAUUUGGUUGAAAAAUUUGGUAUAAAGACGUAUAAUCCAAUUAUAGUGACACUUCUGGAUUCAAAGGCAGCAGACGAAAAGAUACGAGAGCUAGAGGAGCAAAUAGCUAAUUUGCAGAUGGCUCAAGGAACAAUACGUUCACCGGGGUCAUGGUCAGUUAGCUCAUCAACAGAAUCAGUUCAAGCACCUCCAAGAAUAUGGGUCCGUAUGCGCGGUGAAGAUCAAGCUAUUUCCUUUUCACCAACACAUUUGAAUGAUAUAUAUAUUGUAGACGAUCUGAAGGAAGUAAUCAAAGAUAAACUUGAAUUAGAUGUACCAAAAAAUCGUAUUAUCAUUUACAAGGGAGAGACAAAUUUGAAGGGGGAUAUUUUUAUUACCGGAUUAUACAAUCAAAUAGACGAAGCAUUAGAGAUUGUAAUUAAAGAGGUCGAAACUAUGAAAAUGGUGGUAACAGCUGACAAUAAAGAAUUUUACUUUGAAAAUGCUCCACGCACGGGAUCACCCGAGGAAAUUAUUAAGUUUAUAAAUAGUAUACCGUCGCUUAAACCAUUAAUUGUUGAUUGUACUGUCCUGGGAGAUGAUUAUUAUCAAUUGAGUGAACAACAUAUAAAGUUCGCACAAAAAUCUGGCGGCUGUCUCAAAAUUAUUUUAUCUAAGCCAGGUGUUAUAGAUACUGGAUUUGAAACACACAGGAUCACCCUUGAAGAAGCCUUUAGUUAUCAAUUUAAAGACCCUCAUGGAAUGAAAAAAAAUUUUAUGAAUUACUUAAACGAGAAGCACAAGGCCUGGAAAAGAAACAUAAAUAAUUAUGUUCCAUAUAGUACGAUAUUCCAAAGUUCCGGAUACGGAAAGUCACGUUUGAUUAAGGAAACAGCUAAGACAAUCCCUACAAUUUAUAUUUGCCUCCGAGAUCCAAGAAGCACAGGAUAUCCUCCACGUACCAGUGUUGGUGCAGACCUGUUUGAACGAGUUCUUGGAGAUUUAAAAGAAGAGGAGGAAUGGAAGUUUCUUUAUGUUUUACAGAAUGCUAUACUAUGUUUCAAAGAGGAAUUAAAGAAUAGUACCUCUGAAGAGUUAUGGAAUAACCAGAUGGAUGCAUCAUUCUGUGAGAGAAUAUGGACCGAUAUUCAAAAAAAAUCAGAAACUUGGAGAAAUAUAAGUUUUGAUGCUAUAAAUUCUUCAAAUAACCUUAUAAGUGAUGACAAUACAGAUGAUGUUCACCUUCUUUUUUGUAUUGAUGAAGCUAGGACCCUUUUAUCACAAGAUAAUUACAAGAAAAUUUCAUUGUUUAGAUUUUUUCGCAGGGCAUUGAGGCAUAUAACGUGGAAUGGGCUUUUUGUCAUGUUUUUGGAUACAUUAAGUAGGAUAUCAAAUUUUGCACCUCCAAAAUCGGCGGAUCCAUCAGGCCGAGAUGAUUCAAACUUACCUCUUAAAUUAUUUUAUCCAUACUUUCGUCUAACUACAAUGGAUAUUCUUAAAUCCGAUGAUAAUGAGUAUAAUGAGCAUAAUGAGUACUUUAAUUUGGCUAAGUUUGGUCGUCCUUUAUACUUUUCAUACUUGCAAAGUUGCAAAGACAAUACUCAAGCUAUUGGUAAGCUCAAAAAUCUUCUUAGUCGAAAACUGCUUGGUGGAGCGAAUUCGUUUAAAGAAAGUCAGCAGGAAAUCUCUAGCUUGGCAAUUCUAUCAUCUGUAAUAGGAAUUGACAUGUCGCCACAGUCUAGAUUGACCUCAGAACUUGUCGCUUCGCAUAUGGCCACUUGUCUUGCUUUAUCAGAAGAUAGAGAACGGUUAAUUAUUGCUUAUCCUUCUGAGCCCUUACUAUCAGAAGUUGCACUUGAAUUCAUGUCAGAUUCAACGUUGCCAGAAAUAUUAAAGCAGUUUAAUUCUUCUCUCAAAAAGGGACUUGUGGAACCUGGACCUCGAGGAGAAAUUGUUAGUCGGAUUAUCCUUGCUGUUGUGGCUCAUAAUUUAAAAAAAAAAGGAUCAGUAAACAGUGUUAAAGAUUUUCUUACAGAACUUUAUCAUGAAGAUUCUACCCCAGAUUUGACGAACUUUUCAGAUGAUUUUAUUGAUGGAUCUGUAGCAUUUACGCAUUUUAAUGCAGUUAGUUAUGUACCGGAAAGGAAAGAUUUGGAAAAUUUUUAUAAAAGAAGAUGCGCUUUCAUUAUGAAACGAAAUCAUCCUGGUGCAGAUAUUUGUAUUCCUGUCCGCAUGAAAACUGGCGAAAAAUAUAGUGUUAUUAUUAUUCAAAUAAAAAAUAUUUCAACUUCAAAAACUGACCAAAAAUAUCCUGCCUCAGCCCAAUCAAUGUUAAAUUGUGAUUAUGUAUUUGAGGGUACUGACUUAAAAAAUCAUACUGAACCAUGUUUAUGUUUAUAUUGGCAACUCGGAUAUAAACAACACUAUCAAGAGUCUCAUUCUAGUAGAUCUACCCGUAGUGGUAACUUAGAAACUAAAAAUUUGUAUUGGGUAACUUUUGGUCUUACACAUUACAAAAUUGAAGAUAAUAUUGCAGAUAUUCUUAGGGAUAUGUUAACUUCUUAUGUUUCGCCAUUUGAUUCUGAAUGGAUAGUCAAUAAUGAAGAAGGUGAUAAUUGGGAUGAUAAUGAAUUGAAAAUCAUGCAUCCUCUCAGAUAUGAAAAAUACAAAGAGGAAGAAGAAAAUCAAGAGAAAGAAGAAAUUGAAUAA